AUGAGUGGGAUUGCGCAGAAUUUGGCCUUGUCGACUAGCAUGCACAUGGCUAUUCGAAUUCGAGCUUACAUGAUCCAUCGCUGUUUCCAGCAAAUAUUGUUUCGAGGCACCUCCAAAGAGAAGAAGACAUCCUCUACUUCUUCUACCACCGCAUCAGCAGAACCAACGGAUUCAGUCGGCGCCGCACUCGCUUUGAUUUGUAACGACAGUCAACGAUGGGUCGACGCCGCGCCUUCUCUUCAUCAAGUCUGGGCAGCUCCACUCCUGAUCGGCUUGAGCGCAAACUUCCUCAUCCGACUACUGUCACCUUUGCCUGCCUUAUCUCUUAUGAAUGGAAAAACAAGUGCACUAGUCACACUCAAGAGGAAAUUGCCUCGAAGCAUAAAAUUCAUGACGUAGGAAAGUACUUGGCUACUUUCAAGAAAUUGCCUAGAAGGAGCAUAAUUCAAGAAGUAGGAAAGUACUUCUUGGCUACUUCUUUCUUGAGUGAUGUGAAGAGUGCCCUUCUUCCUUUCAUAUCUCUCCUCUGUGUCUUAGGAGCUUCUGCCCCUUGUGGUUUUCUUUGGUCCAGCUGUUUGGUAAGGAUCCGUACCAGACGGACCGCGAUUACGGAGAAACGACUUCGCUUGUGCGAUGAAGUGCUAAACGGGAUCCGAAUCGUAAAAUACUUCUGCUGGGAGAGGCCCUACUUCGACAAAAUCAAGGCACUGCGCGAGAAAGAAGUCAAAGAAGCUCUAUACCAAAACUCGAUCUUUGCAUCGACGGCCACGCAGAUCGUGUGUAUGCCGUUUUUGGCGCAAGCGAUUUGCUUGCUGUUGUAUUUAUGCUUUGCGAAGAAAGAAAUUUAUUGAUUUAUGCUUCUGCUUAAUAGAAGUGCUGAUAUGUCAGCUGCACGAUUAUGGUAUAAUAGUACUUGUGCCCUAAUAUGUUUUCAACAAAGCGUCAUCUCUACCCCUCCUCUAAGCGGCGUCUACGUCACUGGUGGGAAGCAAAUGGUCGCAAGCAC